AUGGAUAACUUGCGCGCACAUCGUAGAAAAAGACACGAGCGCACCAAAAUUUCAUCUAGAUCAACACUACAAAACCCAUUGUCCUCGUGGCCAGGGCAGGCCCCUGACCAACAUUCAACGAGACUAGUCCUGGAGUCAUGUCUCCAGCGCCUCGACCGCCUCGACAGCUUAGAGCGUCGUGUGCAUGAGGAAAUCCAGCAGAUCCGCAGCGUCUUGAUGAAUCUCCUUGGUAACUACCAGUCAGAUGUCACAAUGGAGGAUUCGGGUGGACGUGAUAGCACCGUCGACUCUCAAGCUGAACUCGAUAGUCUCAAUGUCAUUGCAUCGUUUGGACCUUCGCACGACCGCUGCCUCGUGCCACAGUUUGCACCUCAUGGAACGUCGUUCGGGGUUACGGGAUCGCUGUCAGAGGGUACAGGUCCCCCCCAAGGCUUGUUACCCCACGGCGCUCGCACUUCUGCCGACUAUGGGCCGAUUGUUCAACAUCCCCUAACUCAGCCUCGGUACAACAUGUACUCUGAGGCCUGUUCAGCAUUCUAUGACCCGCGUGUCACGGCAUCGUCGUUAGAGGAUUUAUCGCUCUGUGGCACAUUGGAUUCUGUCUAUGAGCCUGCUGCGCAACUGUCUGUCCCCAUCCAAGCAAAGGGCAAAGUAAAAUGCACCUGGCACGGGUGCUUGGCACUCGUCAAGAAGGAUAAUCUCGGUCGUCAUGUCAAAGAGGUGCAUGAGGGGAAGAUUAAGGCUGUCUGUGCAGGCUGUGGAAAGGAGUUCAAGCGCCCAUAUCAGAUGAAUGAGCACAUCGUUCGGACCCGAUGUGGAAGAUCCUAG